CAAAGCAAAGCGCAGAGUAGAGUGCAGGAUAGAAUUGCUGCAGUCCACAGUGCGGCCAGGAGAUCGAAACGUAAUGCUCCGGUUCCUGAUGACGACCGCGAUGUGUACCGCAGCCUAAUAUCUGAGGCGUCCAUUCCGGAAGUCGUCGAAAGGCCUCUCAAAAAACCUAGACUUGCAAGACAGCGACAGACUCAGCCCCCGACCACUGGUCCCUCUACGACAUCCCAUCAAAAAUCCGGAAACGAAGAACGAGAUGUACAUGAUAAAGAUACUGAAGAGGAAGCAUCAUCAAAACCGCAGCAAACCAUCAUUGAUUCUGAUGAAUCCGAAGAUGAUGACAUGGACUGGGAGCAAGUCGGUUUGGAUCACGUUGAACCCAAGCAGUCUGCUUCUCGAAAAGAUGAUGAAUUUGGAGAUAUAUCGCUGGAGAUCAGCACCAAACAAGCCCAGAAGAGAGCGAUAGCAAAGCGGAAGCCUGCUACUACUGCAGAGAAGUUACUUCGGCUUGAAGCGCACGAAGCCCAUCUACUAUUCCUCCUCUUUCAUGUUUAUGUUCGCAAUGCUGGGUGUAAUAUGCCAGAAGUANAAGGUUUGGUCAUCUAUCUUCUGCUCCCUUCCAUUUCCGACAAAGCUGAUCAUCCUCAGAACAAGCUAAAAACAAUCCUCAUGCCGGAGAUUGUAUCACUUUUACACCCUGAUCAAUCUCUCAUUCAAUUCGGACAAUCAGAGCAAUUCUUGACUGGACUGCAGAAAGCUGUCGUUGUAUGGAAACACAAAUUUAAUGUUACAGCUUCUGGUAUACGCCGACCAAACUGGGCCGAAGGACCAGAAGAAAUCAAGGAGGUAAUGGUCGAUAAACCCCAUGAAGAUUUGCAGCUUGCUGAUGUAUGCUCUAGCNAAAUACGAGCCAUUCAAGAAGAGAUGCCACCCAUCGAGAAGCGUGACUUUGUCAAGGCAGCUAUGACUCUUUCGGGCUCCCAAGAUGUGGGCGCACAGCUUUUCUGUGCCCUGCUGAGAUGUGUUGGUGUGGAUGCUCGACUGGUCUGCUCAUUACAACCUCUCCCUUUUGGUGCAUCUGCGACCAAAUCGGCAACACCGCUUAAAGCGACCAAACCGACUGUGUAUGCAGGAAGCGACAAAGAUAACACGAGCGCAGGAGAGACAUCUGGAGGGUCUGCAUCCGAAGGGUCGAGCUCAUCGCGGCGCAGGAUCAUUGCUCCUGGCCGUAUCCGAAGACUAGGAAACGCAGCUUUGAGUGCAGGGCCUUCCACACCUGGUACUAAACCUUCUGCCAGGAAGAAAAAGCGACCAGUUCGUACGCUUGACUAUCCAGUAUACUGGGUGGAAGCUUUCAACGAGGCCUACCAGAAGUGGGUGCCUGUGGAUGCCGUAGUGACAGGCACGGUUGCGAAGCCGAGCAAAUUAGAGCCACCUGCUUCUUACGAGGCAAACGCCAUGACUUACGUGGUAGCUUUCGAAGACAACGGUAUCGCAAGAGAUGUCACUCGUCGCUAUACCAAGGCCUACAACGCGAAGACCCGAAAACUGAGAGUCGAGAUCACAGAAAGAGGAGAAGAGUGGUGGCGCAAAGCUCUCAAAGUCUUCCGAAGACCGACCUACCUCGACCGCGACCAAGUUGAAGAUGCCGAACUUGCAAAGAAAGACGCCUCUGAAGGUUUGCCAAACAAUGUGCAAGAUUUCAAAGAUCAUCCGUAUUAUGCUCUGGAACGACACCUCAAGAGACACGAAGUGAUCUGGCCGAAGAGGGCAAGCGGAAAAGUCACGGUAGGAAAAGGAGCCCUUGAACCUGUUUAUCGACGUAGCGACGUGCACAUUGUGCGCAGUGCCAACAAAUGGUACAGAUUUGGCCGCGAGAUCAAGCCGAACGAACACCCACUCAAGCAUGUGCCUGCAAGAGUGUCAAAAAGCCGAGCUCAGGAGUUAGAUGAUGUUGACAUAGACGAAUCGCCAGCCACAGCCCUAUACGCCUUCAACCAAACGUCAUUGUACGUGCCGCCUCCUGUUGUGAAUGGUAGGAUACCGAAAAAUGCUUUUGGUAAUCUCGACAUCUAUGUUCCGUCUAUGGUGCCUCCUGGAGGGUACCACGUCCGACAUGCAUCGGCUAAGAAUGCAGCUCGACUUCUUGGUAUCGACUAUGCUGAUGCUGUGACUGGCUUCCAAUUCAAGGGGCGCCACGGCACAGCUGUCACAUCUGGUGUCGUUGUCGCACAAGAAUACCGCGAGGCUGUUGAAGCCGUGGUAGAGGGAUUCCAGUACGAACAGGAAAACGAAGAGGCACGAAUUUACAGCGUGGAAUGCCUGAAGCUCUGGCGCCGCUUCCUGACUGGACUGCGUAUCAAGGAGAGACUGAGCGAAUAUACCACUACUGGACCCAAAGCUGCCAAGCCAGAGAUUGUCAAAGCAAAGAUGGACAAGGCAGAGGAAGUGGAAGAUGGUCCUACGGAGGCUGGUGGCUUCUUUCCUGACGCAGGCGAGAUCACAGCGCCGACCGCUCAUCGAUUCCAUGAUGCUCCUGAAUCUGACCACGAGUUCGAUAUUGCUGAGCAGGCACCUCGACUCAGGAGACAGAGAAAGACAAUGGUCGAAAGCGACCCCGAGAGUGGCGAUCAAAGCGAGGAGGAGUACAUACCAUCACCUCGAAAGCCACCUGUCAGACGUCGUCGCAUGUUGAGCGAGAGUCCGCCCGCUUCAGAGAACGAGCACUAUGACCCCCACCAUGAAGAGGGAGGCGGCUUUGUGUCAGACGAUGUCACGGAAAGUAAAAGACUUAAUGGUGGCUUCCUGCCAGAUGCAGACGAAUCUGGAGGUGGGUUUCUACCUGGAGAAGAUGAUGUACCCACAGCUCACGAACCUGGUGGUGUCAUCAUGCCUCACACAACCGAUUCCACAGUAAUUGACGAGGCUGGGGGUGGUUUCAUACCAGAAGAUGAGUCUACACCCGAGUCUGGAGGCGGCUUUGUCCCCGUAGUCGAGGAAGAGAUGUCUGGAGGCGAACUUUUGCCAGAGGCAGAUGCAUCACAGACUCAAUUAGUCGUCCAUCCUCCAUCUAUCGGGAUGCAAAAAAAGCAAGACGGAGGUUUGGUAGUUGACAAGCAGGAGGAAGAUACCUUUGACCCAGAUGAGGCGGAAGAUACCUUUGAUCCUGAUGAGAUGGACACUGAGACCAAAACUCUGUCCCGAGAGGACUUGACAGGUGCGCAUCAGCAAGCAGAGGAAGAAGACGACCACGGAUCAUUAUUGUCACAUGAUCCUGAGGACGAUGACGCAGAGCCUGACUGGCUGUAUAGCGAC